CCGACUUCUUUCUCCAGACCCAAGAAUGGGACCUGGAUUAGUGGCAUUAACACCAUCUCCAAACACUCUGGUUUGCAUAGGAUCCACAUGGUCACUGUGACUUUCCGCCUCAUAGUCAGGCACUCCUGCAGGGCCUCUCUGUGUAGGUCUCCUGCCCUGGAAGGCCCCCGCCCCCCACCACCAGUUCAGAUUUCUCCUGAUUUGUGUUAGAAAAAGCUACUUUGGCAUUCUUAGGUGGGAAUGGACUCUCUCUGAACCCAUAUCCAGGGACCAGAGUAAAAGAUGAAAGGCUCUUAAUCAACAAGUGACCACACUCAGACUCUUUUCUCACUCUCUGCCAUGGCACAUCAGCACUGCCUACAGGGGCCUCCUGUGUUUCUCCAGGUCCUGCCUGACUGAAGGCUUCUAUCUGUGAAGAUGUCACAUUUUUCCCAAGAACAUUUCAGAAACUCUAUUAGGGAGGGAGAAGAUUGUGCCUACAUGUCACUUGAUCUCACCUAAGUUGUUUAACCUCUUAGAAUUUGCAUUUUCUCCAUUAUUGACUAUGGAAAGUGAGCCCCGUAUCACAGACCUUGCAGGGCUGUUAUGAGGCAUGAAGGAGAUGAUGGAUGUGAAAGUACUUUGUGAACUGAAAAGUACUGGCCACAUAUGAGCUAGGGAUUCUUAUUACUCACUAUGUAGGAGAUGCUGGGUCACGUCUCUCUGGAUGGUGAAGAGGGGUUGCAUUCUUGUGUUAACUACCUGCUAGAGUCUUGUCCACUUAAGGUCAUACAAAGUAAUAGUAACAGAGCCUGAGAUACAGUGUUGGUGGUGGCUCUGCUGUCCCAAGGCUGCCCUUUAGGAAGGAACCAUGAGGCAGCAGUGCUGGGGCAGAAGCUGGUGGGUAGAGAUUAUAGUUAUGCCAAAUUUUGCCUUCUUCCUCAUAGCUCCUGCCCCUGGACAUGCCUCUUUCCCAGUCUUAGCUGUCUAAAAGUCUGUGGCCUGUCUCAUCCUGGAGGCCCACAUCCCCAGGAGAGCCCGAUGCUCAGGGAGGCCUGCUUGCACCUGCUGCUAAUGGAGACCAGGAGGCCCUGGCAUGUGGGGGGGGGCAUCAUUCUGCUAGGACAGUGAGGAGGCAUUGAAGCUUGGCCUGGGAUGAACAAGAGCUGUGUGAUCAGUGUGCACAUGGCUGCUGUAUUUCAGCUUAGGGAACAUGGCUGUCCUAGACCUGGGGUCCCCUCAGCAUUCACUUCUGUGAGUGAAGCACGACCUCAGCAUGUGGGUGGCCAGCUCACUGUAAGAGUUUCUGUGCAGGGCAGGGGUUCCCUUGUCAUCCUUCUACAGGCUUUAGACAGUGCCCAGGGGCUGAGGUCCCGCAGACUUUCUCACUGCCAUAAGGUGAAAUUGUGAUGGGAUAUCCAGACCCUUUUGCUCAUUCAUUUGUCAGUUAAUAAUUACUCAGGUUCUUGCAAAGUUCAAGCUCCUAUAUUAGGUACUUUGGGGGACACAAAGGUGAUUAUAAAGAUCUUAUCUUCACGGAGUCUAUAAUUAAGCAAGGGAAAAGGGCCAUAUAAAAAAGAGAAAACACAAAGGAGAAAACAUCAAGGAAAGCUGCCUACCUUGUGGCCCUUGAUUAGACACUGGAAAAAUUAGGAGGGAUUUGGCCAUGCUGGGGCUGGGGAGUUGGGUGGGAAUGCUCUUGGUAGAAAGAGGAGGGGUGAAGACAUGGAGGUAGGAAACCAUGGAUGUAUGGGCACAUGGGGAGCUGAGGGUUUGGCAGGGGAGAAGGGCAGAAAGGUAAGGGAAAACCCUCCAUCUGCCAUUGCCUACCAGGUGCUCUGCCAGAAACAUUGUAUUCCUCUUUGGCUUUGAGCUUCAGAAUACCUCUCCGGGCAAAUACUCUUCCUGCCCAUUUACAAGGCCAGGGAAGUAUUGAGUGGUAAACAGGAUUUGAACCCAUGACAUUACUGUGACAGAGAACCUGUGAAGAGACAUAGGAAAAAAUGGUCUGUGACUUUUUCCUGGUCAUGUGGGUCUAGUAGUCUUGGGCAAGAAGAGCAUGUGGGCUUCUCGGUGAGUCAGUGAGUCUCCCUGUCUUUUGGAUUGGCCUCAGAGGCCAGGGUGGCUGAGCAUCUGCCUUCCUACCCCAAUCCUAUUGGAGGAGGAACUGGCCUCUGCAAAGUGGGAGGCAGGGGAAGCCAGGAAGACGAGAGAUACUGGAGUGAAAUUUAGGAUGUGGCCUUGACUGUGGGUUUUCACUCCCAAGGCCUCUUUGCAAAAGCCCUUCCUGCCUCCCUCCUCUGCAUCUCUGACCUCCCCUUGGGUCCAGGCAGGCUCUGUCUGCACACGGCGUUUUUCUGCACUUGCUCCUUUGUUGCUGUGAAACGGGCUCCCAGCACAGUCAGCUUCUGUGUGGGAGGACUGGUGGCUGUCUUUGCAGGCAGGCAUUUGCUUAGAGCAGGCUGCGUGUGAGCCCAGCAUCGAGUGAUUCUGGCCUUCUCGAGUCGGUGACGGCGGUGGGAUGAAGCUCUGCCAAGGGGACUGGCUGUGAAGGAUGAGUUCAGGGUGGGAUGACGGACCGCUUCUGGGACCAGUGGUAUCUCUGGUAUCUCCGCUUGCUCCGGCUGCUGGAUCGAGGGUCUUUUCGGAAUGAUGGUUUGAAAGCUUCUGAUGUCCUUCCCAUCCUAAAGGAAAAAGUGGCCUUCGUGUCUGGGGGCCGUGAUAAGCGAGGGGGACCCAUCCUGACCUUCCCUGCUCGCAGCAAUCAUGACAGAAUAAGACAGGAAGACCUGCGGAAACUCGUGACGUAUUUGGCCAGUGUGCCAAGUGAGGACGUGUGCAAACGUGGCUUCACCGUCAUCAUCGACAUGCGGGGCUCCAAGUGGGACCUCAUCAAGCCCCUGCUCAAAACGCUGCAGGAAGCCUUUCCCGCCGAGAUCCAUGUGGCCCUCAUCAUCAAACCCGACAACUUCUGGCAGAAGCAGAAGACUAACUUCGGCAGCUCCAAAUUCAUCUUUGAGACGAGCAUGGUGUCCGUGGAGGGCCUCACCAAGCUGGUGGACCCUUCCCAGUUGACAGAGGAGUUUGAUGGCUCCCUGGACUACAACCAUGAGGAGUGGAUUGAGCUGCGGCUCUCCCUGGAGGAGUUCUUCAACAGUGCCGUGCACCUGCUCUCGCGCCUUGAGGACCUGCAGGAGAUGCUGGCCCGGAAGGAGUUCCCCGUGGAUGUGGAGGGCUCUCGGCGGCUCAUCGACGAGCACACACAGCUCAAGAAAAAGGUGCUCAAGGCCCCUGUGGAGGAGCUGGACCGGGAGGGGCAGAGGCUACUGCAGUGCAUUCGCUGCAGUGAUGGCUUCUCAGGGCGCAACUGCAUCCCAGGCAGCGCUGACUUCCAGAGCCUGGUGCCCAAGAUCACCAGCCUCCUGGACAAGCUGCACUCCACCCGGCAGCACCUGCACCAGAUGUGGCAUGUGCGCAAGCUCAAGCUGGACCAGUGCUUCCAGCUGCGGCUCUUCGAGCAGGAUGCUGAGAAGAUGUUCGACUGGAUAAGCCACAAUAAGGAGUUAUUUCUGCAGAGCCACACGGAGAUCGGUGUCAGCUACCAGCAUGCCAUAGACCUCCAGACACAGCACAAUCACUUUGCCAUGAACUCCAUGAAUGCCUAUGUCAACAUCAACCGUAUAAUGUCGGUGGCUUCCCGUCUCUCCGAGGCUGGCCAUUACGCCUCUCAGCAAAUCAAGCAGAUCUCCACGCAGCUGGACCAGGAGUGGAAGAGCUUCGCUGCUGCCCUGGACGAACGCAGCACCAUCCUUGCCAUGUCCGCAGUGUUCCACCAGAAAGCCGAGCAGUUCCUGUCGGGAGUGGAUGCCUGGUGCAAGAUGUGCAGUGAAGGUGGCCUGCCGUCCGAGAUGCAGGACCUGGAGCUGGCGAUCCACCACCACCAGUCCCUGUAUGAACAAGUGACCCAGGCCUACACAGAGGUUAGCCAGGAUGGCAAGGCACUGCUGGAUGUGCUACAGCGUCCCCUGAGUCCUGGCAACUCUGAGUCCCUCACAGCCACAGCCAACUACUCCAAGGCAGUGCACCAGGUCCUGGAUGUGGUCCAUGAGGUGCUGCACCACCAGCGGCGGCUUGAGAGCAUCUGGCAGCACCGCAAGGUGCGGCUCCACCAGCGGCUGCAGCUCUGCGUCUUCCAGCAGGAUGUCCAGCAGGUGCUGGACUGGAUUGAAAACCAUGGCGAGGCCUUUCUGAGCAAACACACUGGGGUUGGGAAGUCCCUGCAUCGAGCCCGAGCCCUGCAGAAGAGGCAUGAUGACUUUGAAGAGGUGGCUCAGAAUACCUACACCAACGCGGACAAGCUCCUAGAAGCAGCAGAGCAGCUGGCUCAGACGGGGGAAUGUGACCCGGAGGAGAUCUACAAGGCAGCUCGACACCUGGAGGUGCGCAUCCAAGACUUUGUACGCCGGGUGGAGCAGCGCAAGGUUCUCCUGGACAUGUCCGUCUCCUUCCACACGCACACCAAGGAGUUGUGGACAUGGAUGGAAGACCUGCAGAAGGAGAUGCUGGAGGAUGUUUGUGCAGACUCUGUGGAUGCGGUCCAGGAACUGAUCAAGCAGUUCCAGCAGCAGCAAACCGCCACCCUGGAUGCCACACUCAAUGUCAUCAAGGAAGGCGAAGACCUUAUCCAGCAGCUCAGGUCAGCGCCUCCCUCCCUGGGGGAGCCCAGCGAGGCCAGGGACUCUGCUGUGUCCAACAACAAGACGCCCCACAGUAGCUCUAUCAGCCACAUCGAGUCGGUCCUACAGCAGUUGGACGAUGCCCAGGUGCAGAUGGAGGAGCUGUUCCACGAGCGAAAGAUCAAACUAGACAUCUUCCUGCAGCUGCGCAUCUUUGAGCAGUACACCAUUGAGGUGACUGCAGAGCUAGAUGCCUGGAAUGAGGACCUGCUCCGGCAGAUGAAUGACUUCAACACGGAGGAUCUGACCUUGGCAGAACAGCGGCUACAGCGGCACACAGAGCGGAAACUGGCCAUGAACAACAUGACCUUUGAGGUCAUCCAGCAGGGCCAGGAUCUACACCAGUACAUCAUGGAGGUCCAGGCAUCAGGAAUUGAGUUAAUCUGUGAAAAAGACAUUGAUCUGGCAGCCCAGGUGCAAGAACUACUGGAGUUUCUCCAUGAGAAGCAACAUGAAUUGGAGCUCAACGCCGAGCAGACCCAUAAGCGGCUAGAACAGUGCCUCCAACUACGGCACCUCCAGGCCGAGGUCAAACAGGUCCUGGGAUGGAUCCGCAACGGAGAGUCCAUGCUCAACGCCAGCCUGGUCAAUGCCAGCUCUUUGUCUGAAGCAGAGCAGCUGCAGCGAGAGCACGAGCAGUUCCAGCUGGCCAUUGAGUCCCUCUUUCAUGCCACUUCCUUGCAGAAGACACACCAGAGCGCCCUGCAGGUACAGCAGAAAGCUGAGGCACUGCUCCAGGCUGGCCACUACGAUGCCGACGCCAUCCGAGAAUGUGCUGAGAAGGUGGCCCUCCACUGGCAGCAGCUCAUGCUGAAGAUGGAAGACCGGCUAAAACUGGUCAAUGCCUCUGUGGCCUUUUACAAAACUUCCGAACAGGUGUGCAGUGUCCUGGAGAGUUUAGAACAAGAAUACCGGAGAGAUGAGGACUGGUGCGGUGGACGAGAUAAACUGGGGCCAGCAACAGAGAUGGACCACGUCAUCCCACUUAUCAGCAAACAUUUGGAACAAAAGGAGGCCUUUCUUAAGGCCUGCACCCUGGCACGGCGGAACGCUGAGGUGUUUCUCAAGUACAUCCACAGGAACAACGUCAGCAUGCCCAGUGUCGCCAGCCACACCCGGGGACCUGAGCAGCAAGUGAAAGCCAUCUUGAGUGAGCUCUUACAGAGGGAGAACCGUGUCCUGCACUUCUGGACUUUGAAGAAGCGGCGGUUAGACCAGUGCCAGCAAUAUGUGGUGUUUGAGCGCAGCGCCAAGCAGGCACUGGACUGGAUUCAAGAAACAGGUGAAUAUUACCUCUCAACACAUACCUCCACUGGAGAGACCACAGAGGAGACUCAGGAACUGCUGAAAGAAUAUGGGGAAUUCAGGGUACCUGCCAAGCAAACCAAGGAGAAGGUGAAGCUUCUGGUUCAGCUGGCAGAUAGCUUUGUGGAGAAAGGCCACAUCCAUGCCACGGAGAUAAGGAAGUGGGUGACCACGGUGGACAAGCACUACAGAGACUUCUCCUUGAGGAUGGGGAAAUACCGACACUCCCUAGAGAAAGCCCUAGGAGUCAACACAGAGGAUAACAAGGACCUGGAGCUGGACAUCAUCCCAGCAAGCCUUUCCGAUCGUGAGGUCAAGCUACGGGAUGCCAACCACGAAAUCAAUGAAGAGAAGCGGAAGUCAGCCCGGAAGAAAGAGUUCAUCAUGGCUGAACUACUCCAAACAGAGAAGGCUUACGUGAGGGACUUGCACGAGUGCCUGGAGACCUACCUGUGGGAAAUGACCAGUGGUGUGGAGGAGAUCCCCCCUGGGAUCCUCAAUAAAGAGCACAUCAUCUUUGGAAACAUCCAGGAGAUCUACGAUUUUCACAACAACAUCUUCCUCAAAGAGCUGGAGAAGUACGAGCAGCUGCCUGAGGAUGUGGGACACUGCUUCGUUACCUGGGCAGAUAAAUUUCAGAUGUAUGUCACCUACUGUAAAAACAAGCCUGAUUCCAACCAGCUGAUCCUGGAGCACGCAGGCACCUUCUUUGAUGAGAUACAGCAGCGGCAUGGUCUGGCCAACUCCAUCUCGUCCUACCUAAUUAAGCCUGUCCAGAGGAUCACCAAGUACCAACUACUCCUAAAGGAACUUUUAACUUGCUGUGAAGAAGGGAAAGGGGAGCUCAAAGAAGGCCUGGAGGUGAUGCUCAGUGUCCCAAAGAAAGCCAACGAUGCCAUGCAUGUCAGCAUGCUGGAAGGGUUCGACGAGAACUUGGACGUGCAGGGCGAGUUGAUUCUCCAGGAUGCCUUUCAAGUGUGGGACCCGAAGUCGCUGAUCCGGAAGGGCCGGGAGCGGCACUUGUUCCUCUUUGAGAUCUCCUUGGUUUUUAGCAAGGAGAUCAAAGACUCUUCAGGACACACGAAAUAUGUUUACAAGAACAAGCUACUGACCUCAGAGCUGGGUGUGACCGAGCACGUAGAGGGCGACCCCUGCAAAUUUGCCUUGUGGUCUGGGCGCACCCCAUCCUCAGACAAUAAAACAGUGCUAAAAGCCUCCAACAUUGAAACCAAGCAGGAGUGGAUCAAGAACAUUCGAGAGGUGAUUCAAGAGAGGAUCAUUCACCUGAAAGGAGCUUUAAAAGAGCCAAUUCAGCUCCCCAAAACACCAGCCAAACAGAGGAACAAUAGUAAGAGGGAUGGAGUGGAGGAUAUUGACAGCCAGGGGGAUGGCAGCAGCCAGCCUGACACCAUCUCCAUUGCCUCUAGGACGUCUCAGAACACAGUGGACAGUGACAAGCCAGCCUUGCAGUCUGCCCGAAUCAACCGCAUGUCUGGAAAAAUUACAGAUUGCCACAUGUCAUCGAUCGUGGAAACACUUGAAAUCACGAAUUUUAAGUCCAUUACUGCCAAAGAUCAACUACAUAAAUGGCUCUCAGGCGGGUGCGAGUUGACCGUGGUCCUCCAGGACUUCAGCGCCGGCCACAGCAGCGAGCUGAGCAUCCAGGUGGGGCAGACGGUGGAGCUGCUGGAGCGGCCCAGCGAGCGGCCCGGCUGGUGUCUGGUCCGCACCACGGAGCGGAGCCCCCCGCAGGAGGGCCUGGUCCCCAGCAGCGUCCUGUGCGUCUCCCACUCGCGCAGCAGCGUGGAGAUGGACUGCUUCUUCCCCUUGGUGAAAGAUGCAUACUCUCAUUCCUCCAGUGAAAACGGAGGCAAGUCUGAGUCCGUGGCCAACCUGCAGGCUCAGCCCUCCCUGAACUCCAUCCACAGCUCCCCCGGUCCCAAGCGCUCCACCAACACCCUGAAGAAGUGGCUGACCAGUCCCGUGCGCCGGCUCAACAGCGGGAAGGCGGAUGGCAACAUCAAGAAGCAGAAGAAAGUGCGGGAUGGUCGGAAGAGCUUCGACCUGGGGUCUCCGAAGCCUGGGGAGGAGACGACCCCACAGGGAGACAGCGCCGAUGAGAAGAGCAAGAAAGGUUGGGGAGAAGAUGAGCCAGAUGAAGAGUCCCACACCCCACUCCCUCCGCCUAUGAAGAUCUUUGACAACGACCCCACGCAGGACGAGAUGUCCUCCUCUUUGCUAGCAGCUCGGCAGGCUGCCACUGAAGUUCCUACUGCUGCAGACCUUGUCAGUGCAAUAGAAAAGUUGGUCAAAAGCAAGCUGAGUCUAGAAGGAGGCUCCUACCGGGGGGCCUUGAAAGACCCUGCAGGCUGCCUGAAUGAGGGGAUGACCCCACCCACACCUCCUAGGAACCUGGAAGAAGAACAGAAAGCCAAGGCCCUGAGAGGCAGGAUGUUUGUCCUGAAUGAGCUGGUGCAGACAGAGAAGGACUAUGUCAAGGACCUGGGAAUCGUGGUGGAGGGCUUCAUGAAGAGAAUAGAAGAAAAGGGUGUCCCCGAGGAUAUGCGAGGGAAGGAUAAAAUCGUGUUUGGGAAUAUUCACCAGAUCUAUGACUGGCAUAAGGAUUUUUUCCUGGCUGAACUGGAAAAAUGUAUCCAAGAGCAGGACAGACUGGCCCAGCUCUUUAUUAAACACGAGCGGAAGCUGCACAUCUACGUGUGGUACUGCCAGAAUAAGCCACGCUCCGAGUACAUCGUUGCAGAGUACGACGCCUACUUUGAGGAGGUGAAACAGGAGAUCAGUCAAAGGCUGACGCUCAGUGACUUCCUCAUCAAGCCCAUUCAGAGAAUAACGAAAUACCAGUUGCUGCUGAAGGACUUCCUGAGAUACAGCGAGAAGGCUGGCUUGGAGUGUUCUGAUAUCGAGAAAGCAGUGGAGUUAAUGUGCCUUGUUCCCAAACGCUGCAAUGACAUGAUGAACCUGGGACGCCUGCAAGGCUUCGAGGGCACCCUGACCGCGCAAGGGAAGCUGCUACAACAGGACACCUUCUACGUGAUCGAGCUGGACGCAGGCAUGCAGUCCCGGACCAAGGAGAGACGUGUGUUCCUCUUCGAACAGAUCGUCAUCUUCAGUGAGCUGCUCAGGAAGGGCUCCCUGACCCCAGGCUACAUGUUCAAAAGGAGCAUCAAGAUGAAUUACUUGGUCCUGGAGGAGGAUGUGGACAAUGACCCCUGCAAGUUUGCACUCAUCAACAGGGAGACUUCCGAGAGGGUCAUUCUGCAAGCCGCCAACGCAGACAUCCAGCAGGCCUGGGUGCAGGACAUCAACCAAGUCCUGGAAACACAGCGCGACUUCUUAAAUGCGCUCCAGUCGCCCAUUGAGUAUCAGCGGAAGGAGAGGAGCACAGCCGUGAUGAGGUCCCAGCCUGCGAGGGCGCCCCAAGCCAGCCCCAGGCCCUACUCCUCUGUCCCUGUGGGCUCUGAGAAGCCCCCAAAGGGCUCCAGCUAUAACCCAUCUCUGCCACCCCUGAAGAUAUCUACCUCCAAUGGCAGUCCAGGGUUCGACUACCACCAGCCUGGGGACAAGUUCGAGGGCAGCAAGCAGGCUGACGUGGGAAGCUGCAACGGGAGCUCAUCCAUGGCUGUGAUCAAAGAUUACUAUGCACUGAAGGAGAAUGAAAUUUGUGUGAGCCAAGGUGAGGUGGUCCAGGUCCUCACCGUCAACCAGCAGAACAUGUGCCUGGUGUACCAGCCCGCCAGCGACCAAUCCCCUGCGGCCGAGGGCUGGGUCCCGGGCAGCAUCCUGGCGCCCCUCACCAAAGCCUCAGCAGCCGCAGCAGAAAAUAGUGACGGGAGCAUCAAGAAGUCAUGUUCAUGGCAUACUCUACGCAUGAGAAAGCGGGCGGAAGUGGAGAACACGGGUAAAAAUGAAGCCACAGGGCCUCGUAAACCCAAGGAUAUUCUGGGCAACAAAGUCUCUGUUAAAGAGACGAACAGUUCCGAGGAGUCUGAGUGUGAUGAUCUUGACCCUAAUACUAGCAUGGAGAUCUUAAAUCCAAAUUUCAUCCAAGAAGUGGCCCCAGAAUUCCUUGUGCCCUUAGUGGACGUGACCUGCUUGCUUGGGGACACAGUGCUACUGCAGUGCAAAGUGUGCGGGCGGCCGAAGCCCACCGUCACCUGGAAGGGGCCCGACCAGAACAUCCUCGACACGGACAGCAGCACGGCCACCUACACCAUCUCCUCCUGUGAUUCUGGGGAGAUCACCCUGAAGAUCUGCAACCUCAUGCCCCAGGACAGCGGGAUUUAUACCUGCAUAGCCACCAACGACCACGGGACCGCGUCCACGUCGGCCACAGUUAAGGUGCAAGGUGUCCCCGCAGCCCCCAAUCGGCCCAUUGCCCAGGAGAGGAGCUGCACCUCGGUGAUCCUCCGCUGGCUGCCUCCGUCCAGCACGGGAAACUGCACUAUUUCCGGUUACACCGUGGAGUACAGAGAGGAAGGGUCCCAGGUCUGGCAGCAGUCGGUCGCUUCGACGCUGGACACGUACCUCGUCAUCGAAGACCUUAGUCCUGGCUGUCCUUACCAGUUCCGAGUCAGCGCCAGUAACCCCUGGGGAAUCAGCCUCCCCAGCGAGCCCUCGGAGUUCGUGCGGCUUCCAGAAUACGAUGCGGCUGCUGACGGUGCCACCAUUUCUUGGAAGGAAAAUUUUGAUGCUGCGUAUACCGAGCUGAAUGAAAUCGGCAGAGGCCGUUUCUCCAUCGUGAAGAAGUGCGUCCACAAGGCCACGCGCAGAGACGUUGCUGUGAAGUUCGUGAGCAAGAAGCUGAAGAAGAAGGAGCAGGCAGCGCACGAGGCGGCCCUGUUGCAACACCUGCAGCACCCUCAGUACAUCACUCUCCACGACACCUACGAGUCCCCCACCUCCUACAUCCUGAUCCUGGAGCUGAUGGAUGACGGCCGGCUCUUAGACUACCUUAUGAACCACGACGAGCUGAUGGAGGAAAAAGUCGCCUUCUACAUCCGGGACAUCAUGGAGGCCCUGCAGUACCUUCACAACUGCAGGGUGGCCCACCUGGACAUAAAGCCUGAAAACCUGCUCAUUGACCUGCGGAUUCCAGUGCCUCGAGUCAAGCUCAUUGACCUGGAGGACGCUGUCCAGAUCUCGGGUCACUUCCACAUCCACCAGCUGCUGGGGAACCCCGAGUUUGCUGCCCCGGAAGUGAUCCAAGGCAUCCCCGUCUCCCUGGGCACGGACAUCUGGAGCAUCGGGGUUCUGACGUACGUCAUGCUGAGCGGGGUCUCCCCCUUCUUGGACGAGAGCAAAGAGGAGACCUGCAUCAACGUGUGCAGGGUGGACUUCAGCUUCCCCCAGGAGUACUUCUGCGGCGUGAGCAGCGCAGCCCGAGACUUCAUCAAAGUGAUCUUACAGGAAGACUUUCGGAGGCGGCCCACGGCCGCCACCUGCCUGCAGCACCCGUGGCUGCAGCCCCACAACGGCAGCUACUCCAAGAUCCCCCUGGACACCUCCCGCCUGGCAUGCUUCAUAGAACGUCGCAAGCACCAGCACGACGUGCGGCCCGUCCCCGACGUCAAGAGCUACAUCAUCAGCCGGGCGAGCCAGGGCACGUAGCUGUCCGCCAGCCCCGAGGUUUCACAUACAGUGAGUGUGAGCCAAAGCGAGACUGAACGUGGCUGUAAAUACUUCUGUUCAUUCGCCCACUCCACGCGGUUCUCUGGAUUGCGAGACGUACCUCUUAGACCUCGCCAGUGGUCAUUCAGGGUCCGAGCAGUGGCAGAUGUCACCCUAAAUCCAGGGGCUUUCCACACAGUCAUUCCGGAGAAAUAAAGAGGCAGAGUAUUCGAAGGAAGGGCAUGGCUGACACGAAUAGUAGCUGUGAGGAAAUGUUAAUUGCACAUUCCAAAAUGAGUGGUUAAGCAGGCCAGCCUCAUGCUUACAGUGAACAUAAAAGGCUUCUGCCUUUGCUGGAAUUCUAAGCAAAGAGUUUAUUUCACAGAGGUGUCAUGUACGUCAAGUCUUCUGGCUUAGAUAUAGUUUCUUAAUAGGAUACAUGCGCACAUGCAGUGUAAUAUAUCCCAUUCAGGUUUCAGAGUUUUAUAAUAUAGAGUUAUAUAUGAAAUCAAUCCCAAGUAACCUUGAGUGCUCCAGUUAAGACAGUCAUUUAUUUCCCGAAGCAUUGUUUUGACGAAGCACAAUUAGAUGACGAGUUUUUUAGACCAUUUUAUAAAUCUUGUAUAGAAAUCUUUUACCAGAACCUGUGCAUCAAGAGAAAGCAAUGUUACCCUUUUGCAGCCUGUGAACGAGAGGUUUCUUUCUCUCGGUUACAGGUUGUUUGAUGAAAAUCGGUUCUGUAUAUGAAAUGCUACCCCCAAUUUCACUGGCAGCUCAGAGUUCAUCUGGCAGGAAAGCCUGCCAGGAAGUAAGUCCAAAGUAGGAGCAGGAGUUGUGGGGCUGUUUUUGUGUCUUCACCUGGUUUGAAAUAGGUAAAUGAAUACAACAGGUUCCUACAAAAGGGCAAACGGAAACCUUUCCUGUAGUUCCAGUGAACAACACACCGACGCUUUCUGAUUUCUUCUACAGCCGUAGAACGCCAUCUUCAGAAAGCUGGCUUGCUUUAUUAACAGCCCCUUAGGGAAGCCAAGGGGUGCUCACCAAAAGGAGGCAGCCAUAGAGGCCUUUACAAGGCCUGGUCUCAAGUCCUUUUUUGAAGCCAUGGAGCAAAACCUGACACAUCUCUGCACCAGGGCCUUGAGUUUCCCUGAGACUGUAAUACCUGUCACCGCUCAGCCACCGCUGUGUCUCUGGGCUGUUGUGCUGGGAGGCCAGUGCUGCUUUCGGGUGCACAUUCUCCAGACAAGAUUACUCUUAACUGCCCGUCUUCCCUCUCGUGGGGGAACAAAGAAAGAAACCUGGGAAUUUCACUCCUUUUCUGUUGGUUUGUUUUGGGGGAGGAGCUUUUGUUUGUGUGUGUGUGUGUGUUUGGACAUGAUAUACCCUUUGUUUCCUAGAAUGUGAUUUGAAAAUUGCUAUUAUGCAAAUAAUAUUUGAAAAUGUACUCCAAUGUUUGUUCACAUCAAGUUUAAUGGCAUUCCUUCUCUCCUUAAUGGGAUUGAGAAUGUGAAACCCACGCAGCACGGAAGGGCAAGCAGAGAGUCCCAGAAAGAUGAGCAGAACUACAAACCCAUCUACAUGCAGAAGUGAGGGUGGCAACCAAGCCUGAACUUUAAUAUAUCACAACACAUAUUCCCUCAGCAGAUAUAUAGAAUUAAAAAAUAUGCAUCAGUCUUUUCCAAUGGUUUCCAAGUCAAUUUUCUCACCCACUCCACCUUAUCCUGUCCAAGAUUAGAGAUUAAUAAAUUAGUAGAGAGUUCAAGCAAUAAGACUAGAUAGCACUUAGUAUUUGGGGGAUUAACCAAAUAUGUGGAAACCGACUCUGACUGUAUUUGUUUCUGGGUUUCCCAAUGGCUCUGGGUCAUGGAGUCUCAGGCACUCAACUCUCUCUUGACUAACCCUCCAGAGCCAUCAUAUAUACAAACACUAUCUGGUACAAUAUGUUAGCAUUUAAAACAUGCUUCUAAAAACCUUUUCAGUAAGCACGUCACCAUGACGGCAUACAGCCUGACAGAGGAAUGCCUGUCCACAUGGAUAGACUGUAGAUCCUCAAUGCUUCACAUCUCCAGAAAGGAUGGGGGCGAAUUCCACUCUCUCCACCGCUGGGGAUGCCUUGCACAAACAGCCUCCUGCUGAGGAAUUUUGAAUUGUUAUGGCAAGUUGAAUUUCUGGUCACCUACAGUGGUGCACAGACCUCAGCAGGGGGGCAUUAUUGAACAGUAGAAUGUCAGACAGAGCCAAAGCUUUUCUGUCAGAGUCGAGAUGAUCCAGAUGUGGGGGUGCAUGGAAUCCCCCAAGCACACAUUGAGGAAGACAGGAGACAAGGACCACAGAGAUAAAAAGGAGGAUGAUUCUGUUAAGCGGAGCCAAAGUACAAUGGUUAGAAUAGAAGGAACGUUAAAUAGAAGCCCAAAGAGAAAGGGGUAGAUUUUGUAUAGUUUGACAGUUGAAAAAACUAAGAGGAAGGCUCCCUGUGCGCAAAGCUCUCCCAACAGGGAAAAGACAGCAGUCUUGGUUCAAGAAUUCUCCAAGCAUGUUGGAAAUAACAAGGAGUCCCAGAGGAUGGGGCUGCGAAGUUACCUUAGGUUGCUCUGUGGGCAACUGUGGCAAGCAAAGGAGGAUCGGGGCCACUGCCUUAUCCUUGUUUGGACGGAGAUAUUUGUUACUUGGUAGAAGAGAAGAGGGGAGCAAAGAGAAAAUAGUCCACUUCUAUAAUAAUUACGGUAGUUCUUAGCGGGUGUGAACUUCUGGCUGAAAUGGGACAAAUGUUGGUUAAAUUCACACGUUUCUUGCUUGGCUUGCACCCAUUGCCAGUUGAGUGGUUGUUUCUGGGCAGGGGUGGGGGCAGGGGUGGAAGGCGAUUGGGUUCUUUUAUAAGAGUGGGAUACAGAAAGGAAGCAAAGAUCAGGGACCGCACCUAACUUUUUAAGUACGAUGAUUCCCUGCAUUUUUUACUUUCGUUCCAAGUUAAAUAGAUUUAUAUCCACUUACAGGUGAAUGUGGAAAAAUUUUAGGAAAAAAACCUGUCACAUUGGAGGCGUCCUUCAGUUCUCUCUUAGCCUUAGCAGUCUAAGGGGGAGUAGAGGAGGCGGAGGGAGAGCUGGCUUCAGCGCUUUGUGGUCCACAAAGCCUUUAUAAACAGUAGUGCCUUUCAGAGGGGAGGAUGGGAGAGGAAAAGGUGAUUGCAGUUAGAUGUACUGAUAGUGCCGCAUUUUUUCUUUAUUUACAAAGCUCUUUUAGACGAAAACAUCUGAAUUAUCAGGGUGGGACUAGGAAUUCUUGAAUUUCAACCUCAGCAAUUCCUGAUUCAGCCUUUCUUACAGAAAGUCUUUGUGUUUUUCGGCCCCAACUGUCCCCAUUGGUAAAAUGGGAGCUGGGGAGGGAAAGAGGGGGACAGAAAUCUCAUAGGAAUGUUAAGAAAAUACCAUAGUUGGGAUGUCUAUAGAAUAUUUUGAUUUUUUUUUAAAAAAGUGCUAUACACUGCCAGUGCUGAGAAUUUAUGAUAGUCACUUUGAACAUUCCAAGUUUUCAAUAUUCAUGUCGUUAGGUACCGUUUACAAACUCACGAGCUUACAUUCUGUAAAUUACUUUUUACUGGAAGUCCGAGGUGCUCUUUGUCUAGUUGUCACUUGGUCUUAGCCUGUAAUUUCAACAGUUUAUGAGCUUCUCUACAGACAAGGGUCGGCAGAGUGCUGGCGAGUCCGGGGUCCCUUCAGUGCCCUCUCCGGGACUUCUUGCGCAGACGCGAAGAGUAAGCUGCCCUCCAAAGCAACGCCACCUUCUCUCCUCAAGCUUCAUGCUUUGGGAAGAUGGACAGAGAACGCAGAGAGCCACUCGCCUUCCUGCGAGGGCAGACGUGAGGAUAAGGUAUCUCCCCAUCCCACAGUUCCUUUCUGCAGUCUCACAGGAGUCUUCAUAAGAGGCAAAUGCAAUGCAUAGGUGUGCAGAUGAAUCGGCCUGUUUUAGGAGGGAAAGCUUUGAUACCUUUUACACGAUUAAGCCUUUCAGGAGUAGUAUUUUUUUGUUCCCUAGCCACCACGAUUCAGUGCCCAUGAGCUAGUCAUGACUGUUUUCUUGCCUAUGGAAGAGCAUGGAAAUUUAGACUUGUGAGAAUUUGGGAUGAGGGAGUGAAUAUGACAUAAACCAAAUGGUGAUUAUUUCUGUGCAUUAAUUAGAAUUUUGUCCCAUGCGCUUAACAAAGGAGGAAAUAUUUUAUAUGUAAGGGGUCUCUGUAGUAGGCAAAAGUACAGACUUACCAUGUUCUUAUUCCCGGUGGCCAAUGGAUCAUACUGGAUGGAUUCUGAGGAACGUAGACUUUAUUAUUUUCUGGGUAACAUCUCUGUGGAGUCUCGAAUGGGCAAACACGGAAUGGGAGCUGUCGGUGGCUUUGUUUGUAAAACUGCAUCAGGAUUUUUCUUCACCAUUUAAAAUCUAGGGAUCAUCCGGAAAUGAACAGUGGCUCUGGGAAGACAGAGCUCACACAUGCACCGUCAGGAAAGGGAAGCAACCACGUCAGCACUUACUUCCUAGGCACAGUGAGGCUCUCGAGUGCUCCCUCAGUUCUAGAGGGUUGGACAGGGCUGAGGUUUGUCGACAGCAGAUGAUUUUCAUAGGAAAUAUUAUUCACCUGGAAAAACCUAUACAGAAAUAGAACACAGAACUAUCACAGGGCCAUGUUUUCUACGGAAGAUAUUUCUUCCUCACUUUCAGUAUACACAGAAGUUAGAGGAGAAGAGAAGGCAAUCACUCUGAUGUAUUUCAUCUUUAACACUUGUGGAAAGCUUGAAAUUGACACUCACAGGCUGUUGCAUCUUUCCUGUCAGAUUCUGGUAGAUUCUAAAACGUGAUCAGAUUUAGUUUACGUUCAAAUGAUCAAGGUGGCGGUGCAGUCACAUCACCAUUAUUUCAGAGUGAGUUUAGCUGAGGAGAGGGAGAGUGGUGGAAAAGUGCAAAUGCUUCUUGGAAUGCCAGCUCCUGAGGCCUGGUUUAACCAAGUGCAUUUGCUAGCCUGAGGAGAGCCAGCACACAAUUCCAUCAUUACCUGACUUCCAUCAGGGACUGGAGUACCAUGGAGACCAUGGUCGUGAGCUCGAAGACUGUGGUUAUGAAUUUGGAGUUAACAAAACAUACAGCUUCUCUUACUAACUUAAGCCAUAUCUACCAUCUCUGUCUUUGAGUUUUUUUUGACCCUGGUGCUUUUACUUCUGUUUCUGCCAAACUGCAGCCUACUCUAUGGGGAAGGGGAAUCAACUAGAAGUUAGGACAAAUACAGAGACUGUGAAAUGACAACAUAACUCUCCAGAAUGAGAUCUAUCGAAAGAACAGUAGUGAUCCGAGUGCAGACUGUUGGAAAAUGCGGAUAUAUGUACCUCUGUACAUGUAUAUAGUGUAUAAUAUGUGUGUAUGUUAUUGCUCAUAUGCAGAAAUCUAUCCAUUGGCAGGCAGCCCAGGUGGGUCAGUCUUUCUAUUGGAAAACCACUUUCAGUCACUCAAAGCCAUUAGGGCUGCCUUGGGAAAGCCAACUCUGCUCAUUUGGGAAUGAGUUUGCUGUCUUUUGCAGUCCACAAAGCCAAACCAAGAUGGUGUGAGAUAGAAUGAGGCCACCACCCAGGUGUUUCAGUUUACUUGAGCUCAGCAGUUAAUCUCUAUCUGGUUCACACUGGCACCUCUUGGUUUUGAGUGACCCCUUCUGCCCAACCAAAUCUUUUGAGAAUUUGGGGUGGGCUUCUCUGGCCAUUCAGAUAAAGGGCCUUAUCCAUAAGUGGACAGGUUUCCCCAUAGGGACCAUUACACAUAUACAUAUAAGUGCAUACUUCCAUCAGCUUGUAACAAUUGGUUUAAAAUCACUCCACAGUAUUGAAAAAUAGCUCUAUAUUUUCAAGGUGCAGAAAAAUUCCACAGCCUUAAUUAUUUCAGUGUCUUGCUGGUCUGCCUUAAGUGUAUCUUCUGGGUUUUUUGGUUUUAUUAUUUUUUAAUUUUUUCUGCAGUUGUUCGUUUUUGUAUGCACACAAUGUCGUUUUGUAAAGGUAGGUUGUAAAUAUUUUAUUUGUAAGUCAAAAUCACUCAUGUGUAAUGUUGUAAAGUGAUAACCUGCUGUCUCGUUAUUAUUACUACCGUAAAUGUUGUAAGUUAUGGAUGAAACUUCAAAAUGUACAUCUCACAUGUUAUGCAUUCCUAUAAAUAUACUAUGCUAAAGAAACUA